UUUUUUUAAAAGAAAAAAAAUUUUUUUUUAAUUAAAAAAUGGACAAAAAUGGAAGAAAAGUAAUUGUUGUGGAUAACGGGACUGGGUUUGUAAAAUGUGGCUAUGCUGGAUCAAACUUCCCCGAUUUUAUUUUUCCUUCAGCUGUAGGUAGGCCUUUAGUUCGUUCAAAUACUCAACAAAUAAUUAAUAAUAGGCCAAUCAAGGAUUUGAUGGUUGGGGAAGAAUGCACAGAUGCUAGACACUUGCUUGAUGUAAACUACCCGAUGAGUAAUGGAAUAGUUAAAAGUUGGGAAGAUAUGGGACACUUGUGGGACUAUACGUUUGGACCGGAAAAGAUGGAUAUUGACCCGAAGGAUUGUAAACUCCUGCUAACUGAACCUCCACUAAAUCCGCAUAGCAACAGAGAAAAAAUGUUUGAAGUUAUGUUUGAACAGUAUGGAUUUCAUGCAGUUUUUAUAGCUAUACAGGCUGUUUUGACCCUCUACGCUCAAGGACUCCAUACUGGUGUGGUUAUUGAUAGCGGCGAUGGAGUGACUCAUAUUUGUCCAGUUUUUGAAGGAUUUGCUUUAAGCCAUCUUACAAAGAGAUUGGAUGUUGCUGGAAGAGAUAUUACUAAACAUUUGAUUAAGCUUCUACAAUAUCGUGGAUAUGCUUUCAACCACUCUGCAGAUUUUGAAACUGUUAGGCAAUUAAAAGAGAAAUUUUGUUAUGUGGCAUACGAUGUAGAGAAGGAACAAAAACUUGCCUUAGAAACAACAGUUUUGACUGAAACAUAUACGCUUCCAGAUGGUCGAAAUAUAAAAUUGGGUGCUGAACGGUUUGAAGCACCAGAAAUUCUUUUUCAGCCGCAUUUGGCUAAUGUGGAAAGGCUUGGACUGUCUGAACUACUUUUUCAAGUUAUACAGUCUGCGGAUAUUGACACUCGCCUUGAAUUUUACAAACGUAUAAUCCUAUCUGGAGGCACCACAAUGUACCCAGGCUUGCCUUCCCGAUUGGAACGUGAAGUAAAGCAACUUUAUUUGGAAAGGAUUUUGAAGGGAAAUACGGAGGCCUUUCAGAAAUUCAAAAUUCGAAUUGAUGCACCUCCUAAACGAAAACAUUUGGUAUUUCUUGGAGGGGCUGUACUUGCUCAUUUGAUGCGAGAUCAUGAUGAGCAAUGGAUAACAAAAGCAGAUUUUGAGGAAAAAGGAAUAGCUUAUUGUAUGAAAAAAUUGGGCCUUACAAAAUGAAAAAAAGUUUAUUUUU